AUAUUACGUAGGUGAAAAAAGGUGGUCCUUGAAAUUUUCUUAAUGUGAGACUUAAACGACGUGUCCUGAUCAAAGAUGUCUCCAAGAUUCCUCACAGUGGUGCUGGAGGCCAGGGCGAUGCCAGGUAAGCUAGUCCAAACAAAUACACCGGAGAAUAUAAUCAUAUGCCAAUGUAGCCACAUGAGGCUACACCUUCAAGUGGACAAGACAAUAGAGACAUUGUAUUAUCAAGGUGAGAGCGGAUCAGUUAUAAAUCAAAGACAUCAGUUGGUAGUAAAUUGGGGGCUAAGCUACAGUGGUGAGGGGUGAGAAAGGUUGAGAUCUUCUAGCUGGAUAAGUGCUUCUCUCAGAAUACUCUCAGAAUACAGAUUGACAUAGAUCAUUGCAAGUGCCAAGUGAAGCUUAUUUAAGCCUCUGCCUUAUUGUUUGUUUUUCAUGUUGUAAAUUGAUCCAAAUUGUCUACUUUCUAUUUCAUAGGACAUAGAAAAAAGAAAAUAUAAAUUCCAAGUUUAAAUUUAAUCAAUAAUGUUCUUUACUUCCAUGUUUCAAUCUAUUGUGUAUUGAAUGCAUGUAGAUGGAAACUUGGACUUCCUCUUUCAACAGGAAGUAGGAGCUUCAGCAGGAGCACUCAGCACAUGAGAUCUAACAGGAGAUCUUCAUUACCUGGUUGGCAGGAUGAGUGAGCGACUGUGCGGGCUGUGUUACAAAAAUGUCAGUUACUUAAGGCAACACCUUAAAAUCUACCACACCAUUCCAAACAAAGAAGAGUUCCAGCUUCUGAUGCAAUAUGGAAAUUCACGAAGUAGCAAAUCCUUGGAAUGCACAAUGUGUGGGAAGAGAAAUCUCGUCCGCCUUGAUAAACACUUACAAACAGCACACAAAAUUGGUUCAGCAGAGGAGCGAGAACCGAUCAUGAAGCAGGCCAAGAGAGCAGUCAUAGUUAAAGAGCUGGCAGAACUGCGUGAGUCCAACCCUGAUGUGCCCAUGGUAUCCAGCUUGGACUUGGGUGUUACGACUGAACAUGAGAAGUUUGUUCUGCCCAUUGGAGAGAUCAUUGAGGAGGCUGUUUCUGAGGAACUGUCGGAGGAGCCAGAGGGAUCAGAGUUCAGGGAGGAGGAGGAGGCCUUGAGUAUCAGUUCAACAUCCACAAACCAUCCUGUGACUGGAAUACAUUCUGCCUUCCAAUGCCCCUCCCUCACACCUCAAGGAAAGGAUCGCGUUCAUACCUUGUCCUCCUCCAAUCACCCACAUCAACAAAUUGGUCAACAGUUUUCUUCCACCCCUGUUUCUGGGGCAAAAAACUCUUCUACCAGUCACCAAAUUCCUUCCACCGCCCUAUGUGCAUCCAUGCCUCCGCCUUCACGUGAGACUGUGACUUCUUUUAACCUACCGGAGCACUUGAGUGGCCAUAUUCAUCACUCGACUGGUUCAAUGUCAAGGGACUGCACGUCCAACUGGGAGAAGUUGGAUUCCAGGUUGCAGCAGUUGGAAAAAAAGGUGGAGUGUUUGAUGGAAAUUCAGCAACAGAAACCCACUCCAUUUAAAGCACCUCUAUCUGUUCAAAACAGUGAGCAUGUCGGCAAGGGAAAGAAGGAUUCUUGUUUCUAUGAAAAGGCUGUUGAAGACUUCUUCAAGUUUCGCCUGGGGCCACGGACUGGACGGAAAGACAGGAGCAAUGCAAGGAGGUCCUCAGGCCAUGCUCUUCAGUUUUGCCUCUACAUGGCUGCUGGUCUACCCUCCAAGAUUGUCUCCAGUGACCUAAGAUUCCUGAACCAAAUGGACAAGUUGUGUGGGCAAAGGUCGCUACGGGAGACGCCGUCAGCGGGCCGUGAACUGCUUGGGACCGGGGUUACGGGAGGUCCGAGGGCUGGAUGGACGUGCACCCUCCUUCCCGUUUCGGAGGGAGACAGUCCCCUUCCCAACCAGCCAGCGCCUCCCCGAGGGCCACCCGGUACGCCGGUCCCCGUUACCGCUCCUAUGCGGAUGCUGUUCGUCAGCCAGCUUGGAGGGGAUUUCCUCCACGUGACAGAGGACAAGACGUGCGACGCCAGCCUGCGGACCCACAGUUUGGACGCUUGGUCCGCAAAAUCCACGCGGUGGUCAGACGGUCCACCAUCUGCAGAAUGUAUCUCUGAAACCUGGGAAAGCAGAGCCAAGGAUGAUUUCCGGAUGGUUGAGGUCCUGCCAACAUGA